CUGUUCAAGUUUGUUUACGUAAACGUCAUUCAUUGAUUGAGGUUAACUUUGGAGUUGUGAUAAAUAAUUAUUAUUUUUACGGCAAAAUUAGUUAAAGAUAUUAUUCAAUAAUACGUACGCUUUGUUAGAUAAAUAUACAGUACCUCAAGAAAUUGUCCGAAUUAAUUUUUUAUUCAAAAUUGGGGUUUUAAUUGAAUGACAUAAUGGAAGAAGAUAAACCAAGCUGUCUCUACGGCUUGGAAUUUCCAGCUCGAUCAUUAGCAGCUCAAGUUGCUGAGACUGAGGUAGUAAGGUUCUUGGUUGGUACACAAUCUCUCAAGUUUGCUAAUAAUCAGAUUCAUUUGGUGGAAUUCGAUGAGAAGAAUGGAACUCUCAACAGCAAGGUGUAUCAACACGACGUUGGAGAGGUUUGGUCUCUGACGUCAUCACCCAAGGAUCCAAACGUAUUAGCAACUUGCUACAACACGUUGAGACCAGAAGAUAAUGACUGUGUUAUGAAAAGUGCAUUAUGGAGAAUGCCUGAGACUAGUCCCAGCGAUGCCUCUACCCCACUCGAACAGCUCUGUUUAUUCGAUACUGCACAAUACGGAACUCAAGUUAAGCGUCUAUAA